AUGACAACAAACAGCAAUGAAAUUACCGAAGAAAUGCAAGAUAAUAAACCGCAUUUUAUCGACACACCUGAGCACGAUCAUUCAAGAUGUCAUUCACCAAAGCACGGUACAACAUUGUCAACAAGCACCAGUAGUUUUGAAGCAUUGGAUCCUCAUGAUCCCAACUUGAGUCGAUUAGCAACGACAAUGUUCGAGAAAACUGCUGAAUAUUUACAAGAUGAAUUAACAUCAACACACGCUGAUUAUCGAUUACUUGAAAGAUUGAAUAAAGAGACAAUAGCUAAGUACGCUGAAUUAAAAACAAUUUCUACUAAUGUAUCACAGUCAUUGGAUGCGUUAAAUCAAAAAUACAAAAAAUUACAACCAGUUUUGGAUAAUAUUAAUCAAAUUGAUGACAAUGUCGCUUAA